AUGGACUCUACUAAUGCGCAUGGUACCAGCACCUAUGGCACGGCUACGACGAAACCGUCUGUCGCGAAGAAGACUCGAAAUCGCAAGAAAAAAGGACGACGAGCAAAACCUGCACCUGUGAAUGCUCGUGUUACUGUAUUAACACCAUCGUCGAGCUUGGAAGCGGUGGACGAGGAAUUUGAUUCGUAUAGCGUUGAAGGCUCUAAUUCAACAGCGCGUCGCUCAUUUUCGCCAUUGAGUGGAAGUAGUAAUGAAGAAUAUAGUAGUGAAAAAGAGGUUGAGGGUGAGUACGAAGAGGAUAAAUAUUCCUCUGAAAGUGAGGACGAAGGCGAAAGCAGCUACAAACCUGGAGGGUAUCACAGUGUAAUGGUUGGCGAGAUCUAUAACGCAAGGUUUGAAGUUGUCGAGAAACUCGGAUGGGGACAUUUCUCUACAGUGUGGAAGUGUCUAGACAGACAGACGAAUGCGUUUGUGGCUAUGAAGGUACAGAGGAGCGCGCGUCGCUACACAGAAGCAGCAAACGACGAGAUUGAGCUACUAGAUUGCACGGUGCAGGCGGCUAAGGAGGCAUAUGACUCGAUUGAAGAACAGAGAGCCAUUAAAGUGGUUCGUAUGAUUGAUUCGUUUAAACAUCAAGGACCUAAUGGUGUACACGUGUGCAUGGUGUUUGAAAUGAUGGGAGACAACUUGUUGACUUUAAUCAAGUACUACAAUUACAGAGGAGUACCGAUGCAAUUAGUCCAGCGCCUAACAAGGGAUGUGUUGGAAGGACUAGCAUUUUUACAUGACAAGUGUCAGAUUAUUCACACGGAUUUAAAACCUGAGAACGUCUUGCUCUCUCAUCACAUUCCGCAGCUGCCAAAGAUUCAAAAAUCACAAUGGGGGGCAUUUCGAGCAAUGCAUCUUGCACGGCGUCCAGAGGAAAUGAUGGUAUUAAACAGUAGAGAUGAUAAGAACGUUUCAUGUGUCGAUGAAGCAAAGAUGUCGAAAGAAGAAAAAAAGCGUCUUAAAAAUCGUCUUAAAAAGAAACGGCAAAGGAUGAAAAAACAGGGCGGAGCUGUCGAUCGGGAACGUUCGGUGGACAAUAUUGUUUCUCCUGGUAGAUUAGACUGCACAACACACCCAACACUCACCACAAGCAAUUGUCCUGUAGUUGCGCUAAGCAAUAAUGUGUCGAGACUCUCUGUCUCCACCGAUACCGAUACAAACGCGAUCAGAAAUAUUUUCAAAGACAAUUUCGUCGCCAAAACUGACGUCAUGGUUGAAACAUCACGAAAGUGGUACCAUAUAGUCGAGCAGCAUGGUGGUGAAGAAGACAAAGACUGGGUACAUUUGCCUCCAGAGUUUGCAGCACGGGUAAUGAUAUUGCUUCCGCCAGGUCGUGUUGCAGGCUCGAAACGCAAGGAGCGUGAAUUCACGUUGAAAGUAGCAACCGAUAUGUCAAUGGUAAAUGAAAAGCAGUAUGACGGACAUGAAGUCGUGGAGACAUCUUUUGUUUUAAGGUACCUAAACCAGGUAGAUGACGAUGUAACAAGCUCUAUUGUAGAAGAAUUGCGAGACCUCUGUCAAGAUGGCACGCGAGCUAGAGCUAACAUGUCGACCGUGGCAAAGUCUCAACUUUGGAGAUUGGAAUUUGAUGCCCGAUAUACACAUGCGAUUCUUGACUACCUGGAACGUCGUAUUGACGAUCUCUAUUUCAUAAAAGUUGCGACUUCGUCUGGUCUAGCGCUUCCCGGAUUCUAUCUUCCCAAAACAUUAAGUUCCCACGACAGUCAGAGUGCAGCGAAGGCGGCAACCGCGAAAGUUAGAAAAGAUGGCGAUGAUAUUGACGCUGUGAUACAAGGAGUCAACGUGCUUUCUCUGGUAGGAUUAAAUAUUUCGCAAAUUAAACCGCUGCGGCUGCGACUUAGCCCCUGGGCUAACCACUUUGACAAACUCGCAAAAAGCGAACUGUUUGACCUAAACAAACUAGACGCGAAAAUUUGUGAUCUCGGCAAUGCUUGCUGGAUUUCGAAACAUUUUACAAACGAUAUUCAGACGCGUCACUAUCGAUGUCCGGAGGUAAUUUUGGAGAAAGGCUACGACACGUCAGCAGACAUCUGGUCGAUGGCAUGUUUUGUGUUUGAGCUGCUCACAGGGGAUCUCCUCUUUGAUCCUAAAACUGGACGAAAUUUUAAUCGUGAUGAAGAUCAUUUAGCGCAAAUGAUUGAGCUGCUUGGUCGCAUGCCAAAAUCGCUUUCAGGAUCUCGGCGUGGUUUACGAGAUUUUUUUAAUCGCAAGGGCGAUCUCAAGCGCAUCCGAAAUCUCAAAUUUUGGAGCUUGCAGCAGUUGAUGACCAAGGCAGCAGGACGAAAAGGUAGAAUUGUAGAGAGAAAUGAUGAGCGAGAGGUGCUAUUCGAUACUGGCGUUUCUUGCAAGGAGAUAUGA